GUGCUUCUCAUUCACCUAUUCUAUCAGCAGCCAAGGCCCUCGGAGCGUAGCCCUCAAGAUGUCGGCCAACAAAACCUCAAGAAUAGGAGAAGAAAUAUGGAAGUCCGUCAACCCACAAAUCCCUAUAAUAGAACCGAGGAGCCAUUCGCAAUUUACUCGACUGCGUUCCGUCCUCGAACCCAAGCUAACCAGCUAUUUCAUCGCAGAACUAGAGUCGAUAAAGUGAACGCAGAGCUGGUCACAUUAACCUACGGAACCAUCGUUGCACAAUUAUGUCAGGACUACGACAGCGACUACCAGGAGGUUAAUAAGCAGUUGGAUAAGAUGGGAUACAAUAUCGGAAUGCGCCUGAUCGAAGACUUCCUGGCCAAGUCAGGUGUCGGGCGAUGCGCCAACUUUAGAGAGACAGCAGACAUGAUUGCGAAAGUUGGCUUUAAGAUCUUCCUAAACGUAACACCGACGGUCACGAAUUGGGCAAGCGACAACAACCAGUUCUCUCUUAUCUUCGAAGACAACCCCUUGGCAGACUUUGUGGAACUUCCCGAUGAUGGGCGGGCCCAAGAUGAGCUGUGGUUCUCCAAUAUUCUAUGUGGUGUCCUCCGAGGGUCACUGGAAAUGGUUCAAAUGCAGAUCGAGGCACACUUUGUUAGCGACGUGCUGCGCGGAGAUGAGACGACCGAGAUGCGGGUCUCGCUUGUACGAUACAUCGAAGAUGAGAUGCCGCCGGAAGAAGAGUGAAAAGCGAGAUCUUGUGCAUUAACACCUACAUGGGCGUUCCAGGGGUUUCUUUUCAUUGGCCAUAUUGGGGGAAUCGAUCCGAUUUCAUCGGCCCCUAUUGCUUCUAUUUCCUUGUACACCUGCAAUUAGGCUUUAUGAUGUAUCUCUGAAACACCCCGCCACGCGAUUUAUUACUAGCAUGGCAGGGGCACUUCUUCAUAAUGAAAAGGCCUAAACCUAAGAGAGGACAGGGGCUUGCGACCAGUCGAGCUAGUCGAAUGUAGUGUACAUGUAGUAGCAUGAUCUUUUGAU